AUGAAGAAUCUCCUGGGCCUCAUCACCAUCGUGACCUUCGGCAGCUCCCUGGACGUCGCUGCCAUCCAGGCGGAGCUGCCCGACCGGAAGCUGGACUACAACAGAGAGUUGCAGGCGAUCGGCUUCGGCAACGUUUGCAGCAGCCUUGUGUGCGGCGCCACGGGGUCCUAUAUCUUCUCUCAGACCAUCUUCAGCGCCAAGCGGUCGGUCAGCAGCCGCGUCAAUGGCCUGGUGGUAGCCAUAGGCGAGUUCAUCCUUUUCUUUGCGCCAGUGGACAUCUUGCAGGUGCUACCCAACGCCUACGUAGGUGGCAUCAUGUGCCUCUUCGGUGUGGACAUCAUGACGGACUGGCUCUUCAAGUCCAAGCGCUUGAUGUCCAAGACGGAGUAUGCCCUUGUCUGGAUCUCCUUCGUCUGCACCAUGUACCUCACGGGCCAGCAGACCUUUGGGGUCAUCGAGGGCAUGGCCAUCGGCACCUUCUUCGCCGCGGUCUUCUUCGCGGUGCAGUUUGCCAAAGUGCAGGAGAAGUGGCACGAGGUGUCCAGCCGCUCCUCGGUGGUGCGGCGCCCGCAGGAGCGGCGGCACCUGAACGGCACGCGCCCUAAGAAUGAUGAAGGCGAUGCAGCACGUAAGCAGCAAUGGUGGCAGCAGCAGCAGCAGCAGCAGCAGCAGCAGCAGCAGCAGCAGCAGCAGCAGCAGCAUCAGGGGUAA